AUGACCAAACUUUUCAUGGUCGUCUGUAUUGUUGUGGCCCUCGCGGUCGCGGGUGGCAGCUCGGCACCCCUCCAGGCGUCUCGAAAUUUGAGACCGACCGUUGAGGAGACCGCAGCCGCGCCGUGCCCGAUGCACUCGAGCCUCAGCGGCAGUCUGGACACCGGCAGCGGCUCGUUGCAAGAGUCGGGAACAAUGGCGAUCGGGAACACGGUGUUCAACGUCGUCGACCCCAGUGAGUCCAACACGAUAACUAUCGACGGCAAGUUGUACAAGACGUCCGACAUCACCCGAGGCAACGCCAAGACGUAUUCCAUCUCCACUUAG